GACUGGAUAUUUGAUAUGACUUGGAUAUCUGAUGAUGUAAUUGUUACAGGUUCUCGAGAUUCAACAAUGGCCGCAUGGAAAGUCCCGGACCUGACUACCCUCCUAGUGGAGGAGAGGCUGUCUCUCUCGUCUCUCAUGAAUCCCUGGCCCAUCGGUCAUCCUCUGGCCGAGUCCGUCCCUAGCAUUGACAUGUUGUUUCAUUUCUCUAACCACGUCACCCAGCGGGCGGUCUCUGGCAACAAAGUGAGGAGUCUCGUUUGUAACAGACGCAUGCAUACCCUGGCAUCACUUCAGACCAACAUUUGUGACUGCUCUGUUCAUUUCUGGGACACUCAAACAUUUCGAGAGUUGGGAUUCAUCAACCUGUUUCAUCGAUAUGAAAACGUCUGCCUUGAGAUACAGCCUGAGCGUAAUCUUUAUGCCGUCGGGUCAAGAUCUCAUGUGUCACUCAUCGACUGGAGAACUAACAACUCAACAGUUGGUUCAAUAAGAUCCAAAGACCAAGACAAUGGUGAGAAGAUAAACUUAGGUACAUGUACAUGUACAUGUACUCUUUGUACAUGUCGUAAUGCAUAUUGCAUUCAAUAGUAAUGUUAUGGUGUAUUGAUUUUUGUGUUUGC